AUGUGUCCGAGGAACCCCUUCGAUCAUGAACAAGUUCACCUUGCCUUUGAUGUGUGCACAUCUGGGGCUCAGCACUCUGUGGAUCGACUUGGAUGUUUUCCUUAUGGCCGACCCAACUCCAGCGGUUUUGGAGCAUGCAGCGCGCGGGCCGUACGACCUUCUGGUGUCGGGAUCGUUUGA